AGACAGUAAGAACAAUGGAAUGGAAAGCUACCUCCGCAGGUCGUUUUUCGCCUGCGGAACGCCGUUUUUGAGUUCUCCAGGCUCAGGGGGGACAAGAGAGGAACGGACGCUCGACCCGGCUGUUGCCUGGUAACGCCCGCCGGAGGAGUCCCUUCGUAAUAAGGUCCCGCAUUAAAUGUCACUGGCCCAGAGUGGGACCCCGUAGCUCGUUCUUUUUGUGCAGGCGGCCUGUCCCCGCGCUUUGGCGGGCUAGGGUAGGGGAAAUGUUGCAGGAGGAGUCGGAUCUGUCUCUCAUUAUUGCUCACAUAGUCCAAAAGCUCAAAAGCUCCAAUUUAUACGCUCAGCUGGAGCGGCAGGCCUGGAUCAGUCUUCAGAGACCGGAGAUAAAACUUGAGUCGCUAAAAGAAGAUAUUAAGGAAUUCUUUAAAAUAACAGGCUGGGAGAAGAAACUUCAGAAUGCUGUUUAUAGUGAACUGAGUGUGUUUCCUUUACCAAGUCACCCUGCUGCACCUCCCGAACAUCUUAAGGAACCACUGGUGUACAUGAGGAAAGCACAGGGGAGUUGGGAAAAAAGAAUUUUGAAGAGUUUAAAUAGUAUGUGCUCUGAACUCAGUAUCCCACUGGCACGAAAGAGACCAGUUGGAGAACAAAAAGAACUUCUCAGUAAAUGGAAUGAGAUGGGAACCGAUGAACCAGAUUUAAGCCUUUUCAGACCGGUUUAUGCACCUAAGGAUUUUCUUGAGGUAUUAAUUAAUCUUCGCAACCCAAAUUAUGAAAAUGGUGAUUCUCUUAGUUUUAGGACUCAUUUGGGUUUAAUUCAAGUUCCUCUGAAAGUAAAAGACAUCCCUGAAUUGAAAGAAUUCUUUGUAGAACUCAGCUUAAAUACGGGACAACUGGGUAUAGAUGAUUCUACACAAGUGCCUCCCGAACUUUUUGAAAAUGAACAUGUGCGUAUAGGACAGAAAGUUUUAGCGGAAGAAGAUAGCGCCGCGGCUCAGCAGUAUGUCAGACAAGGAAGCCCCACGGCCCUGAGAGCUGAGCUGUGGGCUCUCAUUUUGAAUAUCUCCAGUCAACCUGAGGAUGCCCUAUAUUAUGAGCAGCUCAAGACCAAUGUGAUACAACAUGACCUUUUAGUGGAUAGUCUAAUCUAUAAAGAUGUGAAGCUGACGGCUAGCAAUGAUGAUUAUUAUUUUGUGUUUGAAGAUUACUUAUAUCAGGUAUUACUUUGUUUUUCCCGGGAUACAUCCGUGUUGGGUCACUUUGCAUACAAUAGCGCUUCACCACCGAAGUCAUACAUAAGAGGAAAACUAGGACUAGAAGAAUAUGCAGUCUUUUAUCCACCAAAUGGUGUAAUCCCGUUUCAUGGAUUUUCAAUGUAUGUUGCACCCCUUUGUUUUCUAUACCACGAACCUUUCAAAUUGUAUCAGAUGUUCCGUGAGAUGUACGUGCGUUUUUUCUUCAGACUCCAUUCCAUCUCUUCUCAUCCUUCAGGCAUUGUGUCACUGUGUUUGCUGUUUGAAACUCUACUUCAAACAUAUCUUCCCCAACUCUUCUAUCAUCUACGAGAAAUCGGGGCUCAACCACUUCGCAUAUCAUUUAAAUGGAUGGUUCGAGCUUUCUCUGGAUACUUAGCUACAGAUCAGCUCUUGCUUCUGUGGGAUCGAAUCUUAGGCUACAAUUCUUUGGAAAUCCUUGCUGUGCUGGCAGCUGCCGUGUUUGCCUUCCGAGCGGUGAACCUGAUGGAGGUGACGUCACUGGCUGCAGCUGAAGCAGUUCUUGCUGACCUUUCCACUUUAAAAGUGAUGCCUCUUCUUCAAAUUUUUCUGUUUGCUACUGUCACCUGAUCGCCUUCAAGGUCACUGACAACACAUCUAGCUUUUCAUUAGAAACGAAUCAUGAACUAUGCAAACUCUGCAUAAAACCAAAAUUCAACUUUGCAUAUAAGCCAAUAAAGAUCAUGUUCCCUUUGCAGUUAAA